AUGCAUAUCAUAAUCAUAGCGAAUGAAAAGAAGAAGACAACAGAAAACAAACGGCUUCUUUGUUGAGUUGCGAGUAUUCAUCCUUUAAAACCAGACCCAAAUUUCAUAAACUUUAAAAACCCCACAUCACAAUCUCUCUUGUUUUAUUCAUCAAAUCUUCAAUUUCUUCAUUCAUUUCCACUAUUUUGGGUUGAUCUAUUUGCUUGAUUAGAAAUGGCGAUGAUUAGUUUAUCAAAGUUUCUUGAUAAAGUUUACUUGAUGGCUGAAGGUGGAUCUCGUUAUUGUUCUAAAAAGUCUGAUGAUCUUUGCGGUGAUGUUUGUGAUGAGGAUUCAGGAAAGGUUUCAACAAUGUCAAGAGUACGAUGCAUUCUUCGCGGGCUCGAUUUGAAAACGCUUGUUUUUCUUUUCGUGUUGGUCCCGACUGUAAUCCUCGGGUUAUACGUACACGGGCAAAAGAUUUCGUACUUUUUACGCCCAUUGUGGGAAAAACCACCGAAACCGUUCAACGAAAUCCCACAUUAUUAUCACGAAAACGUGUCGAUGCAGAAUCUUUGCAAGUUGCACGGUUGGGGGACACGCGAGUUCCCGAGGCGUGUUUUUGAUGCGGUUUUGUUUAGUAAUGAGGUUGAUCUUCUUACAAUAAGAUGGCAUGAGUUGUACCCGUAUGUUACCGAAUUUGUGCUCCUUGAAUCAAACUCGACGUUCACGGGUUUACCUAAGCCGUUGGUCUUUGAUAGUCAACGCGACAAGUUUAAGUUCGUGGAGCCAAGAUUGACGUACGGGAAAAUUCCCGGAAGAUUCAAGAAAGGGGAAAAUCCUUUCGUUGAGGAAGCGUAUCAACGGCUUGCUUUGGAUUAUCUUUUACGGAAAGCCGGGAUUCAAGAUGAUGAUUUGUUAAUCAUGUCGGAUAUCGACGAAAUACCGAGCCGACAUACGAUUAAUCUUUUAAGAUGGUGUGACGAUAUCCCUCCGGUUCUGCAUCUUCGGUUGAAAAAUUAUCUAUAUUCGUUUGAGUUUUUACUCGAUAAUAACAGUUGGAGGGCGUCGGUUCAUCGGUAUCAAUCAGGAAAGACACGAUACGCUCAUUACCGCCAGUCGGAUGUCGUGUUGGCAGAUGCAGGGUGGCAUUGCAGCUUCUGUUUCCGCCACAUCAACGAGUUUAUCUUCAAGAUGAAAGCUUAUAGCCAUGUCGAUCGAGUACGGUUUAACAAAUUCUUGAACCCGAAAAGGGUGCAGAAGGUAAUCUGCAAAGGUGCGGAUCUCUUCGAUAUGUUACCCGAAGAAUACACGUUUAAAGAUAUCAUCGGGAAAAUGGGGCCCAUCCCGCAUUCGUAUUCAGCUGUUCAUCUUCCAGCUCAUCUUUUGGAGAACGCCGAUGAGUACCGAUAUCUUUUACCAGGAAAUUGCGUACGAGAAAGUGAGUAGAAGCGUAGAACACUAAAAUUUAUAUCAAGAUUGUUCUUAUUGGUGUAAAGUUUGGAUCUUUGAAGUUUCCAUACGAAACCCGUGUGGGGUUGACCAAAAGAUAGUUGACCCAGGUUCUAAAUCCGGCGAUACUAGCAUCAUUCUUUCGGAAAUGCUCGAUUUCUGGGGUGAUAGUGUACAUAGUCUUUCGGGUCUUCUUCAUAACGGCGAUACGCAUUUUCAAGAUUCAUCAGCAAAGAUUCAACGUCAAGGUAAUCGACGAAAGUUUGAGAUAGAUUUAUUUGGCUUUAGGAAGUUUUGAAUCUUGAUUCUUGACACGAACCGAUUAUAGAUAUAUAAAUUCAAUUUAUGUUACAUAUUUAACUAUUGAUUUGUGUAACUUUGGAUUUUGUCCUGUUGAUAGAGGAUGUUUGUUUUGUU